AUGGGCCUUCUCCUCCGCGAGCCCUCCUCCCUCAACUCGCUCACAUCCGGGGUCGCUCCCCCGGGCGGGACCUCAACCAUCUCGGAAUCAGACCCAGACCUAGACCUCGGCGCCACGGAGAAACCGUCCUGUCGCGGCGGCGGCCGACCCCUCCGCACCACCCACUCGCGCGGCACCAGCCAUGGCGACAACACCGCCCAGGGGCUCAACCCGAGCCGAUGCGCGCAUACACCCCCCCGCCGCGCUCGCGCCGCCCGUCUCCGCCACGCGCGCCGCCCGAGCUACCCCUGGGCCGACGACGCCGCCGAGGGCCGGGCGCUGGCGCGCUCCGACGUCCCGCUGCCCGGCGACUGGGGCUGGGGGCGGGGCUGGGACGCGCAAGACAGGAGCUUCAGUAUCAGCAGCAGUACCACCAGCAGCAGCAGCAGCAGCAGCAGAAGGAGUCGGAGCGCGUCGCUGUCGCCGCGGCGGCGGCCGCCGUCGCUGGAGCGGCAGGACGCGUUCCGCGACGAGCGGACGGCCAAGCGCAGGCGGGAGUCUGGCGCGGAGAGCGUGAGCGGGAAUUUGGAGGGGGAGGAGACGGAUCAGCGGUGUUUCGGCCGCUCGAGGGGGGAGCGGGAUUACGAGGAGGAGCAGGAGGCGGCGGAGGUUGCGGAGCUUUACCGCUUGGGACUGCUGUACGACGACGAGCACGAGCGCGGCGAGGGGUUCUCGCUGGCGAGCAUUGUCCGCCCGGAGCCCGUGUAUUCGCUGCGCGUGAGGCCCGCCAGGAAGAAAGGCGGGCGGGACGCGGGGGCGGAGCAGAAUUUUGCCCUCUCGGUGGAUCUGGCGUUUUCGGCGUUUGGCGAGGACGAGACACUGGCUGGCUGGUUGCUCUCGGGUUCUGCUUACGAGCGGGUGGCGGCGGACGACCAUUGGGCGCCCGACGCUUCCCCGAGAGACGCCGGCCGCAGUUCCCCCCGGCUGACCGUCAUUUACGAACUGGCGGACGACGCCGUGUCUGCGGUGUCGGCCGACGAUUUCCUUGAGUCUGUUUCUGUUUCGGAGCUUUCAUCUUGCGGCGGGGAGGAGGAAAACGAAUCUGCAUGGGCAGUUCUGGAAGGGUGUAAUGGGCUUAAGGAGGACGCCGCGACGGCAGGGGCAGCAGAUCUGGUGGAAGGGGAGGCAGGCGACGGCGACGGCGACCCCUGGGUGGUGCUGGGCCGCGACGGCUCGUAG